AUGACUGUCUCUACCAUUGUGUCCUUCCAGGUGUCAAUUAAAGAGGAGGACUGGAUCGUAGUGACCCUGGAGCCAUCUGACCUGCGGGAGAACGUGACGGGCUGCUACACCGUUACCGCGACACCUCUGGUCUUUAACUCCUCCCACCACGGACUCUGCUACACCGUUAGCCUGCUGCUCAGACAGGGGAAGACCUGGUCCAAGUCCAUCCAGACUAUAUCUGUUCUCACCAAGCCGCGUCCGGUGGACAGUGUGGUGAUCACAGACUACCCAGAGGCUCCAGAGACAGGUGUGGUGUUUGAGAUCAGCUCCCCAGAGAACAACGUCUUCAGUCGGGUCAACAUCAGCUACGCAGAGGGCCAGGAGCAGAGAUCCAUGCUCUAUAAAGACUUCUAUAAAGGGAAGACUGUGUUUAAACACUGGCUCCCUGGGACGUGUUACAGCAACAUCUCCUUCCAGCUGAUCUCUGAAGCUACAGUCAACAGAACCACACUGGUCCGACGCAGCGACCUGACCCAUGAACCCCGGCAACACAGGACAGUGCCCAACCCUCCCCUCAACAUCUCCCAUAAGAUCGUACCACUCAGCCAGAGGGUGCUACCAGGGGGGGUCCCUAGCUCCGAGGUGACCCAGGACACGCCCCGGCGGGCGCGGGAUGUCCCCCUCAUAGAGGAACAGGAAUUACAGGAGAACCAGGAGAUACAGGAAGUGAUCUCAGAGGAGGUGGUGGGCGGAACCACCCAGGUCUCCUACAGCUCCGCCCCUCAGGACUCCAACAGCUCGACGGGCUAUGCCACCUCUAUCUCUAACACUAACAACACAGAAGAAGAGACCGCCACGCAGCCCUAUUGGCCGGAGCCCUACGGUAGUCCCUCCCCUACGGAUGGAGAGGAGGAGUUUGUGAACGCGGUGGUUCCAGAGUAUGAGGACUCCAAUGAGCCGGGCUCUGCCAUGAGCCUGCCGCCAGAGAUCUCCGUCACCCCCACCCGCUUUCCCGCCAUACUGCUGGAGCUACGCUGGCUACCCCCCCGACCCCCCACCACAUACGACGGGUUCAACGUCUACAUCUACAGAGACGGUAACUCUACAGAGACGGCCACGGUGGAUGAGAACACUCAUGAGUUCUUCACGGAGCUGACAGAGCCUGGUACCUACAGAGUCCAGGUCACCACACUGAGCUCCGCAGGAGACUGUGAGGCCAGGGAGAGCACCGCGUAUACAGGGCUCACCUUCUAUCUCAGCCCCAGUGGAGAGGUGCUGGAGCAGCCCCAGGAGCGGCCCCAGGGUGUCAGUAUCAGGCUGCUGGGCUCCAGUACUGCAGCGGUGUCCUGGGCCCUGUCUUCUGAGAGCCACAACGGCAGCCUGGUGUCAGUCCUGUCCCUAACCUGCCUCCGACCCAGCCUCAGCCAACGCAUGGAGAACACAUACUGCAGUGAG